GAUACCUACCUACAUCUCUUAGCUCGUUACGGAUCGUUAUAAUAAUGAACAACAAUAACCAUUCAGCCAGCGGACCAUUAACGCCGGCGGAAGUAGCUUUUCUCUGCGAAGCUCAAUCGGUAACUAUUAUCCCCCGGCAACGUCUUGACGGGCUCGACCUCAUCGGUGGGUACAUUCCUCCCUUUCACCCUCCUCAACGCACCACAAUCCCCCUUUGGCUCGCCCUCCUCCUAAAGCGCCAACGUCGUUGCAACAUCGUUCCACCCCCCUGGCUCUCAGCCCCGAACAUCGAACGGAUCCUCAAGACCGAGACCGAAAACCAAAAUCUCUUCUGCCCCGACCUCCCCUACCGCUGGCUCGAAACUGCCGAACUCCUUCUGGAGGGCUGCCCCGACGACCUCGGCGGUGAUGACGGCGAGCUGCGCGUGCUCCUGAGGGGUUUGAGAGAGGUGAGGCAGGGAAAGGUUAGGGAGGGAUUGGGAAAGUUGGAGGCGACGUAUUUGCAGAUGAAUAACUUGGGGCUGCUUGAGAUUACGGAGGUGCGCGGUUUUGCGAAGGGCGUUGUGGACGGGCUUAGGAAGAUUGGGGCGAGUACAGGGGUGGGACUAGUGUUGGGAUGGAUGAUGAUGAUUUCUAGAUGGGGGUGGUGUUUUAUAUCUAUGGUAUUCUGGACUGGGUAGGCGUUUUUUAAUUUUUCAACGCAAGUACUGUACAUACUACCAUUUUUUUGUAUCCAUUUGCGUGAAACUC